AUGGCCUGUGCGGCUUCCGCGGCGGCGGCUAAGCCGUCGGGUAGGACGGAGGAGCCCUGGCGGACUCCGGCACGACUAGUUCGCCGGCGGCCUGGAUCUCCUUUCCCUCCGACGGUGUUCCCUACUCCGUCACAAGGCCGUUUCGAUCCGCUCGUCGACCUGGACGUGGAGGAUGGGUGUUCGGUGGCGGAGGAGGUGGCGUGGGCUGGUCUUGAAGAUGAUCCGGAGGUGCUGCCGAUCGACAAGGAUCUAGAUCGUGAAGCGCUCUUGGAGGACUUUUGGGCGAAGAUUGGCUACCCGGCGGCGGCAACCAGGUCCUGGGGGAGGAAUGCUUCGACGGAGGCGAAGGCUGUGCCGCGGGCACGCUCGACGUCUCCCCCGCGUGCUGCUGCGAAGAUUCGUCGGGCCCUCUCUAGCUCGCCGCCGGGGAGGCGGCUUCCGCGGCAGCCGGUGCGUCUUAAAGGUUGGAAGGGACCGCUGCCACCCAAGAGGUUCACGCCGCCGGCGGUUUUCGGCGAUUUCCUCGAUGCAGCGGCCAAGGGAGCGAAGCUGACGCCCGGCGACGAUCACCGGCCGGCGAGCGAGGCGGUUUCUCCGCCUUCGUUUCAAACGGAGACGGCGGGGUCUUCGCGCCUUGGGCCGCGGCCGUGUUGGGCCAAGCUCGGCCGCGCGCUGGUGGGCCUGCAGCGUGGGGUUAGACGGGCGGGCGUGUCGGUGUGCGAUCAUGCGAUCACACGUCCGCUUUCACGCCGCAACCACGUCGCCUCCGCCUCGUACCCAUCUUCGCCGCCGCCCCUUCCACCUGAGCCUCGCCUGAUCCUCUCGCCGUCGUCCGUCCCCGUUGGGUGCGCCCCGCUUCCACGCUCUUUCGCCGACGUGGUGGCGUCGGGCGCCACAGGUCCCAUGGCCGGGCCGCCCCGCUCUGUUCCUCCGGGGACGGCGCCUGCUCCUUCGGCGCCGGCUCGUCCGCAGGCGGCGGUUGCUGCGUCGGUAGCCGGAGGGUACCAAGGCCCCCCGGGGUUCCAGGGAUGGCCGCAGGGGGCCCUUAUGCCACCGGCCCCUGCGCCACAGCCCCGGCCCCAGGUGGGGUAUCGCCCGCCGUAG